UUCAGCGGUAGAACGACAUGUCAAAACUUUCUGUGUUGACAGAACGAACGCAGAACGUUGACAGAAAAAAACGCUUAAACUCAAAAAGCCUGAAAAGUCGAAUCCGUGUUUGAUUCUCGGUCUAAAGUUGUUAGCGCGAGCGCGCGCGCGAGACCUUUUUUCUGAGUUUAUUUCCUGAUGCGGCCGCACGCGCCAGAGGUCGCUCCCGUUAUCGCCGAUGUGAGUGAGCGCGAGCGCCUCGAAAGCGCCUCGGUAGUGAAACUGGCUCAUCUGUAAAAUCAAGCACAACGGACUCGGAGACUCGUCCGCGCGCAGCCGUGUGUCAGCGUCAACCAGCGCUCAUGGCGGAGUUCACGGAGAAACCAGGAAGCGCCGACGCUGGAACACAGCGCGAGCUCUCGGGCUCGGUGUCGGUAUUAAACGGCGAUUGUGGACUUGCACCAGAUCUGUCUGGAUCAACCGGAGCGGAUAACGCAUCAGACAGCAAACCUGGGAUACCCAGAAAGGCCAGCAUCAUCAAGGAUGGCUCAAGGCAGCGUAAAGAGAGAAAGAAGACUGUAUCCUUCAGCAGCAUGCCCACAGAAAAGAAAAUCAGCAGUGCUAGCGACUGCAUUAAUUCCAUGGUGGACGGCUCCGAGUUGAGGAAAGUGCGGUCCAAUUCGAGAGUUUACUAUCGAUACUUUCUGCUCGAUGCAGACAUGCAGUCUCUCAGGUGGGAGCCAUCGAAAAAGGAGUCAGAUAAAGCCAAAAUUGAUGUGAAGUCCAUUAAGGAUGUGCGGACUGGUAAAAAUACGGACACUUUCAGGACCAACGGCGUUUAUGAUCAGAUUUCAGAAGACUGUGCAUUUUCAAUUAUUUAUGGCGAGAACUAUGAGUCUCUGGAUUUAGUUGCAAACACGGCUGAUGUAGCUAACAUUUGGGUGACAGGACUCAGGUACCUGAUAUCGUAUGGGAAACAUACCCUGAACAUGAUUGAAACUAGUCAGAACAACCUGCGCUCUUCUUGGCUUGGAGAUCUUUUCGAUGAGGCUGAUGUUAAUGGCAGCAAAAGUAUAAGUCUUUGUACCGCUGUACAGCUGAUUAAAAAAUUGAAUCCUGGACUGAAGAAUGUUAAAGUUGAACUCAAAAUCAAAGAGAUGCAUAAAACAAAAGACAAAAUGGGGUGUAAUGUUACAAAGGAGGAAUUUGAUGAGAUCUAUCAUGAUCUUUGCACAAGACCAGAAAUAUAUUUCUUGCUUGUUCAGUUUUCUAGCAACAAAGAAUUUCUUGAUACCAAGGACUUAAUGAUCUUUUUGGAGGCCGAACAAGGUAUGGCCCAGGUUAGUGAAGACACAAGCUUAGAGGUUAUUCGGAGGUAUGAACCAUCCAAAGAGGGGCAACUCAAGGGUUGGCUGUCAUUAGAUGGAUUUACAAACUACCUUAUGUCCAACGACUGCCACAUUUUUGAUCCGGAACAAAAGACUGUAUGCCAAGACAUGAAUCAGCCUUUGUCUCACUAUUACAUUAAUGCGUCUCACAAUACCUACCUAAUCGAAGACCAGUUCAGGGGGCCCUCGGACAUCACAGGGUACAUCCGUGCUUUGAAAAUGGGAUGUAGAAGCGUAGAGCUUGAUGUUUGGGAUGGGCCUGACAACGAGCCAGUAAUUUACACAGGUCAUACCAUGACAUCUCAGAUUGUCUUCCGCAGUGUUAUUGACAUUGUAAACAAAUACGCCUUUGUAGCCUCUGAAUUUCCUCUGAUUCUAUGUUUGGAAAAUCACUGUUCUAUAAAGCAGCAGAAGGUAAUGUUUCAACACCUUAAAAAAAUCCUUGGGGACAAAAUUCACACUGAUCCACCCAAACCCGAAGACACCUUCCUCCCAUCCCCCAAUGACAUGAAAGGUAAGAUUCUUUUGAAAGGAAAGAAGCUAGGGAGCACCUGCACAAGCUGUGAGGGGGAAGUGACUGAUGAGGAUGAAGGGGCAGAAAUGUCUCCGCGAAUGAACAUUGAAGGAGGAGAACCACAGACUGUUAUUCAACCUAAAAAGUUUCAACUCUCUAAAGACCUCUCUGACCUGGUGACCUUGUGCAAAUCUAUUCAGUUUAAAGACUUUCAAACAGCAUUCCAGAGCCAGAAGCAUUGGGAGCUUUGCUCUUUUAACGAGGUGUUUGCUAGCAGGUGUGCUAGCGAUUUUCCUGGUGAAUUUGUAAAUUACAAUAAGAAAUUUCUUGCUAGAGUUUACCCUAGUCCAAUGCGAAUCGACUCAAGCAAUAUGAACCCUCAGGACUUUUGGAAGUGCGGUUGCCAAAUAGUUGCAAUGAACUACCAAACUCCAGGUCUGAUGAUGGACCUGAACAUUGGCUGGUUCAGGCAAAACGGCAACUGUGGCUAUGUGCUUCGUCCAGCUAUCAUGAGGGAGCAGGUGUCUUAUUUCAGUGCAAAUACUAAAGAUUCAGUGCCCGGAGUAUCUCCACAACUUCUUCACAUAAAGAUCAUCAGUGGCCAAAAUUUCCCCAAACCCAAAGGCUCAGGUGCCAAAGGUGAUGUUGUGGACCCUUAUGUAUAUGUCGAGAUCCAUGGCAUCCCUGCUGAUUGUGCCGAACAAAGGACUAAAACCGUCCAUCAGAACGGAGACAACCCCAUUUUUGACGAGAGCUUUGAGUUUCAGAUUAACCUUCCUGAGUUGGCGAUGGUACGGUUUGUUGUUCUGGAUGACGACUACAUUGGAGAUGAAUUCAUUGGUCAGUACACCAUUCCUUUCGAGUGUCUACAGCCAGGCUUCCGUCAUAUUCCCCUUCAGUCGUUAACAGGUGAGGUACUUCCUCAUGCCUGGUUGUUUGUGCACGUGGCCAUUACCAAUCGACGUGGUGGAGGAAAGCCUCACAAAAGAGGGCUGUCUGUCCGCAAGGGUAAAAGGAGUCGGGAGUACGCCACUAUGAGGAUACUGGUUAUCAAGACAUUGGAUGAGGUUUUUAAAAGUGCCAUACUGCCACUUCGAGAAGGAACCGACCUCAGAGAGAACGUGCAGAACUCUGUAGCGUCAUUUAAAGAGCUGUGCGGUUUGUCUGCGGUGGCCAACCUGAAACAGUGCAUCCUGGCUUUGUCAUCUCGUCUCAUGGGUGCCGACAACAACCCGCUCGUGCUUUUCAACCUGAAGGAGCAGUACCCCAGCAUGGAGCCCCAGGGGCUGCUGCCUGAUGUCCUCAAGAAGGUUCUCGCUGCGUACGAGUUGAUGAUGCAGACGAGCAGGACGCUGAUGGAGAACUCGGACGGCGUCUACGAGAGGAUACUCCAAGUCCAGAAAGCAGCUAUGGAGUUUCAUGAGAAUCUUCACAACAUGGCAGUGAAGGAUGGUCUAAAAGGCAGGAAGCUCCAAAAGGCAGUGGAGAGCUUCACCUGGAACAUAACUAUUCUAAAGGGUCAGGCGGACCUGCUGAAGCACGCGCGGGCCGAGGUGCUGGAGAAUAUUAAGCAGGUGCAUUACGCCGCGCUCGCCUGCGACCUAUUCAAGGGGGCGACGUCGUCCAGCUCCGAAUCCAGAUCCCGCCGCAGCCUGGGAGCCAUCCCAGAGAGGGCGUCCGGAGAGGUCGUCAGCGACGACAAGGAGAACUGAAAUCUCAGAAAGCUUCUGAGAUCGUAACGUUACAGAGGAAGAGUAGAGUAAUCUAGCCAUUAAGAGGAAGCCAGGCUGUUACACAACCUGUGUUUCUUUUACACUCUUUCCAGUACCAUUCCAUAACGGUUAGGCCGAUGUGCCUCGACUAACUUCGCCAAAUCCCACGCCCCUCCCCCAACCUCAACCCCAGCCCUCUCCACCUAACUCAGGGUAGUCUGACAGGACUACUUUUAUUUCCAGAGUCCGCUAAUCACCUUGCUAGCGUGCUGGAACAGUGUUGUGAUUCACUGCAAGUGUUAAACUCAGACGUGCCCUUACAGAGCCAUCCUCGCUUCGGGACCGGCCAUAAGCACAAAUUUCUGAGCAGCUGAAACUGGAGACGAUUCCGAAAGAGAGAAAGUGAGAACGGUGAACGAAUGAGUCGAGCUGUUUACAAUGACAAACUAAUACAUGUUCUGUCUGCCAAAACAGUAUGUGUGUGUGUGUAUGUAUAUAAAAUGAUAAUUAUGUGUGUGUGUAUAUAUAUAUAUAUAUAUAUAUAUAUAUAUAUAUAUAUAUAUAUAUAUAUAUAUAUAUAUAUAUGAGAUAUGAGAGAGAGGGAGAGAGAGAGAUCUUUUUUUGCAAUGUGCACCAUUUUAACAGAUUUAUUUUGUUAAGGUAAACAGCUGUUUUAAAGAGAAUAUUUUAUUUGAACAAGUGCAACAGAUGGAAAAGAAAACGUGUAUGACACUCAUGGGUUGUUCGAUGACACACACUAAGGAUGUGUGUGUUACAGGUACAUGGUUCAUGAUUAACUCCUGGUCAUCAUUACUGUUAUAGUUCCUGGUAAACAAUUUGGUUUGUACAGGAAUCCAAUCCACGUGUUUUGCCUAAGCUAAGCCUGCCUAACAAGAUGUCUGUCGCCUCUCCGGUGUUGCGGUGAUCUCCGGCUCGUCUCGACGGUCUUUCCAGCGUGCCGAUCUACUGUUAGACCCAGUGAACCACUCCCAUACCGAUUACCAUCAUCUUUCCAGAACACCAAGAAACGGAAACCAGUGUUGUUUGAUACGUUUCAGUGCUGUAAAAGUCGGUGUCUUUUUAACUGUAGUUCAACCAUUUAUACCACCCCAGGGGGAGCAGGUUAGUUUUCAAACAAAAUAGCCGUUUUGUUUUUACCCCGUGAAGUCCUGAAAGCUCUGAAAUAAACUGUGUUGAAUAAAU